AUGUAUUCUGCUUUUACUUCUGAGAAGAAACAACAACCACCCCUGCUUCCCGUGGUGGAGGUUGCGGUGGCAGAAAAGGAGAAGCGCCGCCUCGAUCACCUCGAAUACGUGCUGCUGGCAGCGACGCUGCUCCUGACGGCGUUGCAGUUUUUUGUUCUCUACAGCGCUGGUAGCUGCAUGCCCUUUACGCUCAGUGAACACUGUGCAGCCAUCGUGAUGCAGCUCUCGCGUGGCCUGCGCACGUCCAUCCUCGCCAGUCUGCCAACGGCCGCCGUGCUCUUCAUCAUUGUGCCGUUUCUGGCGCAAAAGCAGCACGUCGUGGUUGCGCGAUAUACGAUUCUCUUCUGGCACCUGGUGUGCUCGACGGUGGGCGCGCUGCUGCUCUAG